AUGAGUGAUGAUGAGAAUUAUGAUUUGGAGGGGAAGGGGGUGAUUGAUGGACCGCUCUCUGGUGAUAAGAUGGAGAAAACCUUCGACGCGAAAAAUGAUGUCUUUGGCGAUGAGGACAACGCUGAGAUUAAAUACCGGACUAUGAAGUGGUGGCAUUGCGGUUUUUUGAUGCUUGCUGAGAAUGUCUCUGUUGGUAUUCUUUCUCUGCCUUCUGCUGUGGCCACACUUGGAAUGGUUCCCGCUGCUAUCGUGAUUCUCUUCGUGUCUGCUCUGUCUUGGUACACAGGCUAUGAAAUUGGACAGUUCAAGCUCCGCCACCCUCAUAUUCACAGUAUGGGUGAUGCCGGUGAGCUUCUGAUGGGCCGCUUUGGCCGCGAAUUGCUGGGAAUUGGUCAGCUGCUGCUCCUGAUCUUCCUUAUGGCCAGUAACAUUCUCAUGUUCAACAUUUUGAUGAAUGUUCUCACCAACCACGGCACUUGCACCUUGGUCUUUGGUGUCGUCGGUCUGGUCAUCUGUUUCCUAGGCGCCUUGCCCCGUACUAUGGACAAGGUCUACGUGAUGUCUGUUAUCUCAUUUUUGAGUGUCUUUGUUGCAACUGUUCUGACCAUGAUCACCGCCGGCGUUGAGAGCAAGGGUCAUAUCCCGAUCCAGGUCACUACGGAUGUUGGGUUCCGCGAGGGUUUCUUGGCUGUGACCAACAUUAUUUUCGCCUACCUCGCUCACAUCGCAUACUUUGGUUUCAUGUCUGAGACCGAAGACCCUCGAACAUUCAACAAGUCUCUUGCUAUGCUUCAGAUUAUCGACACUGUUCUCUACCUAAUCAGCGCUCUCAUUAUCUACCGCUACGUUGGACCUGAUGUUGAGUCGCCUGCUAUUCUGUCUUUGAGCCCUCUGAUGAGCAAGAUUGCGUGGGGUCUUGCUAUUCCAACCACCAUUCUCUCUGGAGUUGUGUUGGGCCACGUCGCUUGCAAAUACAUCUACGUGCGCAUGUUCCGUGGCUCCGACGAGAUGCACAAAAACACAUUCCUCUCAAUUGGAUCCUGGGUCGCUAUCUGCCUCGGUGUUUGGGUCAUCUCUUGGGUUGUUGCAGAGUCGAUUCCUGUGUUCAAUGACUUAUUGAGUCUUAUCAGUGCUCUUUUCGGAAGUUGGUUCAGCUUCGGUCUUCCUGCUGUUUUCUGGUUCCACAUGAACAAGGGCCAAUACUUCAAGGACUGGAAGAAGACAUGUUUGACCAUCAUCAAUGUUGGUGUCUUUGGCUGUGCUUUGGCUAUUUGCGGAUUGGGUCUGUGGGUAUCUGGCGUCGCGAUUCACAACGAUUCUAGCUCCUCGUCUUGGUCUUGCGCUAAUGACGUUUGA